UACUCUGGUAAAGGGUGAAAAAAGCGACUUUUACACGACCUCUCUCUUCCCCCCUCUCUGGCCAGCCGAAACAUCACUCGAACCGCAAUGGCGCCUCCCCGCGGCGGAGCUGCUGCGGCCGCUCCCGCCGCACUGGACCUGACCGGCGUGCACAUUCUCGAAGCUUCCAGUGUCCCCCCGCUUCCCGAUCGCGGCGGUAAUGCGGUCCAAAGGAAGGAGGCUGUUGACCCGGAUAAAGAUAGGAAGAAGGAGAAGGCUGCGGCACCGAGGAUCACCGGUUGGGGGCUCCGCGAGUACAGCAAAAUAGUUUGUGAGAAAGUUGAAGCCAAAGGAAGAACAACAUACAAUGAGGUUGCAGACGAAAUUUAUUCAGAGCUGAAGUCCAUGGCACAUAUUGGUCAAGGGUUUGAUGAGAAGAAUAUUAGGCGGAGAGUGUAUGAUGCUUUCAACGUUCUCAUUGCACUUCGUGUUAUUGCAAAAGAAAAAAAGGAGAUACGGUGGAUGGGCCUUUCAAAUUACAGAUAUGAAAAAAUAAAGAAGCUUGAGGAAGUUCGUAAAGAACUCGUCAACAAGAUUAGGAACAAGAAGGCACUCCUCCAGGAAAUUGAAAAACAGUUUGAUGAUCUCCAAAACAUCAAGUUACGUAACCAAACACUGGAAAGCUCAGCAGAGAAUGUUAAUGGCAUCCGCCUUCCAUUCGUAUUGGUCAAGACAUCUAGGAAAGCAAGGGUGGAAAUUGAGAUUUCAGAUGACUCAAAGUUUGCCCAUUUCGAGUUCAAUGGUGCACCAUUCACAUUGCAUGAUGAUCUCUCAAUCCUUGAGGGGGUAAGGCGUAACAGCAUAGGAAGAGCUGGCCGCGCCACCCUUCACUAGAGACUCAAGAAUAUUACAAAUGAAUUAAAAGUGUUAGAACUGGCACAGCCGGAUUCUUUUGCACAGCUAUGUAUAGCUAUAUAUCCUCAUGAAAACUUGACCUAGUUUAUAGGACAGUCUCUCAGGCUUGAGAAGAUUUUAACCUGCAAAUUUUGUCUC